CUAAAGCAAUAAACAUGCUGCCAAGAUUGCUGACAAUGCUCUGCACAGCACUUCCGGUAGUGCUGUCGCAGAGCAAUUAUGCGUCGCAAGGUAACAGCAUCGAAUAUCAACCAGGCUUGCCACCGAGCACCGUGCUGAACGGCAAGGUGACCAAACUGGACGACAUCUCGUCGAUGAUAUUUCUGAAUCGCACGAAGGCGUAUCUGAAUUGUAGCCAAGGCAGCAUGCAGGUUGAAUUGAAGUUCGAGGAACCGUUUUACGGCGUCGCCUACGCUGAUUUCGAUCGUAACAGCGCCUGCAUAUUCAAAGGACGAGGUUCGACCAGUGCCAAGUUGGAACUACCUUUAAAAGGAUGCGGCACGAGGCAGGAUCCUCAACGCGUGUUCACGAACAACGUUGUAGUUCGCUUCCACCCUGGCCUAGAAAUGGACGGCGACGAAGUUAUUACGAUAGUUUGCAGAUACCCUCCUCCUGUGGCGCCUGCACCACCUGCUCCUCCCGCUAGCAUAUUGGCUACGCUGGCGCCUGCACCGUUACCCGAGCCACCGCUCAAGGGAUUCCAAAUUCUUCUGAUUAUCUGCGCGAUCCUGUUCCUUUCGUUGCUGCUGCUUGGCCUCGGUUGCUCGUACAUGUGCCUGAAACGUAGGAACGUUCGCGUGAUCCACCGACAUCCAUUCGGAAGUGGCUCAGGCUCCGAGAUAACGAAACUCUCUACGUCUUCCCUGAGCAAUAUCACCAUGUUCGAGGGCCUCAAGAUACCCCGAGCUCACGCACUUCUGCAUGCACCUCCCUCUACUACAGGCAGCGACGCCAACUUAAUGAUCGACCACUCGUUACCCAGCGAUUAUCCGAGCGAGAGCUCCGAGGUGGACGAAGAACCCUCGUUACCUGUCUCCUCAGCCGGUUCCUACGACAACAAAGCAUUCGUCCAUCACGAGACACAUCAGCGUCAAGAGAUGCGCACUACAAGCUCCCUCUACUCCGAGACAGUUGCCGCUGAAGUGGAAACAUCCUCCAUGACAGCUGCAAACGCUUCCAGAAGCGGAGUUCCACGCCACAUGGUAGCAGGAACAGUGGAACCGAAAUUCGAUGUUCAGAUGCGGGUGAAGAGAGCACCGCCCCCUCCACCAAGCCCUCUACCAUCAGAAUCCGACGUUGCAAGUGUCGCAUUGGAGAGAAACUUGACCACCAUACUCGAGAAAGAGGAGUGCAGUCUAACUCGCAGUCUGGAAAGUCCUCCAGCCAGGAUGACUACCUUCUCCUAUGUUCCUGAACUCCAUGGACCUCCUGGAGCAACCUCUUCCACAUCCACCAUCUCCAGACAGCAAACACCGCCUGUUUAUUCGAGAAUCUUGAGGAAACAAGCUGAAAGGGAGACUACGACCAGCACCAGUUUGAUUCAAGACCAAAUUCUAUCUCCUUCUCCUGUGGAACAAGUUCCUCUUCCUCUUCAACAUCACGAGAUUCGUAGACCUAGAUCUUUGACCUCCUUGAACACCGAACUAACGGAAACGCGAUCUCUAACGGAAGUGACGGACCACACACACGCCAAGUACAGAGUGGCCAGCAUCCUGGCACCGACACCUCCUCCACCUCCUCCAAUUGUCCCCACUGUCACUACCACUCACACAGCUGUACAGCAUCGCGAGCAUCGUUUAUUCCGCGAAGAAGUGACUGAACCUUUGGUAGAGCCACAGGUAGUUGCUCCCAGGCGUCCAGAGAUCACUACUCACGAAGUGGAUGAUGUAUUCUUGAAGACAGUGACGGAGAAGAAGACUAUCGAAGACGUAGAACGACAUCGUCGCCAGGUGACUGAAUAUCGAGCUAAACCACCGCCACCGAACCCCAAAUGGGACGUGACCAUCAGAAACUACCCCAAGGAGAAUCUGCCACCUCCUCCUCCAGAAUGGGAGAACUUUUCAGACGUCAGUUCCAACUCGAACCUAACGAUCACGAACGAACCUACAGGAAACCAGGCUGACGUGGCUGUCGACGAGGAACCUGAUAUCAACAUCGAGCCAACUUAUACCACCAGAGCUGAGAUACCCUGCAGACCUCCUCCUCCAGUCACCCAUCGUUCCGUCGACGAAACGGAUUGGUUCAGUAGAUUGUCCCGCGUGCUGGACCCACGAUACGCCACCGAAUUCACAGAGGACGAACGAGCGAAAUGGCGCGAGAUUAUCACCACAAAUAGCACUCUGAGGACCCUGUUAACCGAGGCUGUGGUGAAGGAGGAUUACGAAUUAAUCAGAAAAGACGCAAGAUACACGAAUUUGUUCCCACCGGCAAAGUGGGAUGUGAUUAUACGAAUUUUAGGUCCUCCUUCGACACAUCCAGGCUCCACAUCAUCUUCGACUCAUGGAAAGAAUCACGGACUUAGGUACAAGAGGUCCAAGUCCUCCGAGUGGGACACCAGGUCCAGAAGAUCCUCGUUGCCUACACUGUACGAAUACGAAAGCGAUGGAGGAAGCUCUACUCGCACCCAGAGCCACCGAUUGCAGAUGUCUCAGUCGAGUACAACAGUGGGCCAGUCGAAUCGACUACGAAGAUUAGGAUCAAGUCACAGAGGCACAGGUGGCGCUAGUGAGGUGGACGUAAGGUCCAUGUCAGAGAUGACUGUGAGAGACUUCGCCAGGGUUGACAGGGAUGACCUGACGAGUUUGAGUUCGUUCGAGGGAGCAGAUUCGCUAGUGAGAUCCCUGAGCCAGCCUAGCCUGGCUAGAAGUGGCUCAGAGUUCACCGAACACUGGGGAAUCCCCUCUGGGAUGCUUGAUCUCCCACCCUGGGCAGCUGACGAGGAAGGGACAAGCUCUGUGGAGACUACACCCAGAGUAGUGAGGAGAAACGAUCGUUUGGAGGUUCUAGCAGCGUUCGACGAUCGCAGACAAGGCUCUCCGGCUACUAAAUCGAGUCGAUACAUCGAGAGGGAGCUGAACAGUGUGCACGUGGAGAGCCAGAGGAGCUCGAACUGGUUCCACGAUGACUCUGAACCGGAGAUGCAAAUCUGAGAGCAUUCUUUCUGGAAUCGAAAACGAGGAAUCUGAUUGAUGGAUUGUAGUAGAGGUCGUGAAUAUUAAAUGGUCAAGGAACGGUAAAUUUCACCGUGUUCUACGAUUCCAUGUGAAAAAACGGUUGAAAUUGGUUAGAUACAGGACACCCUGAAUUUUCUUGCAUUUUCGAUAUUAAUUUGUACGUAAGUAAGUAGUCUUGUUUCAAAUAGUAAGCGAGUAAUCGAGAGUAAGCAUUGAACGAAUGGAUUGUUUGGAUAUUUUCUGUAUCGACGUAUCUUUGAAAGUACGAAGUUCGAAAAUGUACAAAUUCCAAUCUACUAAAUUGAAAUGCUUAACUAAAUGGGUCCUUGAGCAAGAAAUACUCGUGGCCUCUAUACGACGAUAACUUUUCGACAGGCAUCGUUUUUCUUCAUUUGUCCCUUGCUUUAUUAAUCACGACGCUUACAAGGUCUGUUUUAUUGUAACGCAAGUCCUGACAAAGGACGAUUGGUCAACGUUCACUGCCAGUUCCUUGCAUUUGGCAGAUCGGUACUCUUCAUAAAUAUCGAAGCGUUGACUGUGGAAUUGAAUCGGAUCAUCUAGACAUCAAGAACCGGUGCAUACACCAUUUUUUAAUCUAUCAUGAAAGUUAAACAGUCAACGCGUCGAUGAAACGGACAGCCAUUCUCUCCACUUGCCACUCGAAACCUAUUCAAAAGUAGAAGAAAUCGAAAGGAGCGAGGAGAAACGAAAUUAAGAAACGAGUGGAACUGUAGACUCUGGCGAAACGAUCGAAUUAAACGAUAACUAAUAGGAAUUAACUCGUGACAAGUUAACGAAGUAAGUUUACAAUUAACCAUGCAAAAAAUUCGCUUUCCUAACGAUCGAUGGCCGAAUGGCAUAUGUCGAGGAUCUCUACGAUCAUUGGAAACCACCAUGACAUUUUCAAUAAUAUUUAACAUUUUCGCUGGGAAAUCUUGAUUGGAACGUUAAUUCGUAUUUUUCAAUAUUCUAAUUUAGAAGUGCAAAUUUUUUUUAUUUACCGAUAUUUUCCGUCUAA